AUGGCGUCGGAAAAUUUCACCGACAAGAACUUGGUGUUUAAAAAACUGAAAGCGAAAUCGGAAAACAAGAUGUGUUUUGAUUGUAAUGCAAAAAAUCCGACUUGGGCUUCAGUAACGUACGGGAUCUUCCUCUGCAUCGAUUGCUCUGCUGUUCACCGUAGUCUCGGUGUACACAUCAGCUUCGUUAGGUCUACAAAUUUGGAUUCAUGGAGUCCAGAACAAUUGAGAACAAUGAGCUUUGGGGGAAACAAUCGUGCUCAGGUUUUCUUUAAGCAGCAUGGAUGGACUGAUGGAGGGAAAAUUGAGGCCAAAUAUACAUCCAGAGCUGCAGAGUUAUAUAGGCAAAUACUUUCAAAAGAAGUUGCUAAAAGUAUGGCAGAAUAUGCUGGCUUGCCAUCAUCACCUGUUGCAUCUCAGUCAGCCCAAGCAACAAAUGGACUUCCUGAUGUCAAGAUUAAUGAUGCUCCCAAAGAAAGCUCAUUAGGAAAACAAGAAACACCUGAUUUAGUUCAUUCCCCGAAAGCUUCUCACACAGUUAUUAGCAGUUCUGUGAAGAAGCCUCUUGGUGCAAAGAGAACUGUGAAAACAGGUGGACUUGGUGCUAGAAAGCUUACUACGAAGCCUAGUGAAAAUCUCUAUGACCAGAAGCCUGACGAACCAGCACUUCCUGUGCCUUCCACUACUAACAACAACAACACAAAAGCUGGCACAUCUUUUGCAUCUCGCUUUGAGUAUUUAGACAAUGUCCAGCCUGCUGAGCUGAUUUCAGGUGGCACACAAAUGAUUAGUCAUGUAUCCCCGCCAAAGUCAUCAAGCUUUUUUGCAGACUUUGGGAUGGAUAGCGGGUUUCCCAAGAAAGCAAGCUCAAACUCCUCAAAAAUUCAAAUUCAGGAAACAGAUGAAGCAAGAAAAAAGUUCUCAAAUGCAAAAUCAAUCUCAUCAGCCCAAUUUUUUGGUGAUCAGAACAAAGCUGAUGCUGAUGCUCAAGUUUCAUUGCAGAAAUUCUCUGGCUCCUCAGCUAUAUCAAGUGCUGAUCUUUUUGGUCACAACGAUGAUAACUCUAUUGAUCUUGCUGCGAGCGACCUCAUCAAUCGUUUCUCUUUCCAGGCACAACAAGAUAUCUCUUCUCUUAAGAAUAUUGCAGGAGAGACUGGGAAGAAGCUCAGCUCCUUCGCAUCAACCUUCAUAACUGAUCUUCAGGACAGAAUCCUCUGA